AUGUUUGUGUCAGGGAACAUCGUCCGUUAUCAAUUGGCUUGCCCAUCAUUCGAUGAUUUGCACUUUCGAAAUGAAUCCUUCUUGAAAAUUGUCGUGCAAUGUUAUCGAGCAGAUGAUAGCCAAUUUCCUCUGACUAAAGAAAUCUUUCUCUUUGGACAUGUCAAACCGGCAGUGACAAUCACGUGCAACAACGUUCAAUUUCGCCAAUCGGCUGAACCUAUCCUUUAUACAUGCAAUUAUAAUAUUGAUAAUCUACCACCAGGUAAUUAUUCGAUUUUUGCAUAUGAAGAUUUCUCAGAUACACAUGGGUCAUUGGAGCAUCCAGAGAAGCAAGCAUUUGGAUGGAGUACGAAUGAAACAGGCGAGAAAUGGACUCAACAUGCAAUUUCGAAUUCAAAUGCUGAUAUUAUUUUACGUAAACCUCAUUCAUUCUUUGCUAUCGGUUAUCCAACAGAAACAGACACGGCACGAUUCUAUCGAAUCGAUCGUAUUCCAGUUUUACAAUUAAAUGCCUCUACGCCCAGCGAUCGAGGUUAUGCACAUGGAUAUCUACUAGCUCCUCAUAUACUCGAUUGGUUUUAUUUUUACUUACUAGAAGAAAACUUUGGAUCGAUAACAAAAUAUAAGGAAUUCUAUGCAUAUGUAGAUCCAUCAUCGAAAUUCUUCCAUUAUCCAACUGAAUAUUUAUGUGAAAUCCAAGGAAUACUACUUGGAAUGCAAGCAAGAAUAGAUUGUAAGCUCUAUCUUCAUGAGCUGAAGCGUCCAUUUAAUAUGAUUGACCUUCUUGCCAUGAAUUCAUAUAUUGAGCGUCGAACAAUAAGAUCAGAUGCGCGUACGGAUGAUCCAAACUGUAGUCAAGUUGUCGUUGGGAAUACUUUAACAGCUGAUCAACGAAUCAUUGCUGGUCGCAAUAUGGAUGGCGAAUGUGAUAUUCGUCGUGUGACUGUCUCGACUACUCUACUAUUUGCUAUCAAUAGUUCGAGCGCAUCGAAAGAAUACCGUUAUGUUAGCUUAUCGUGGCCCGGAAUGGUAGGUGUACUAUCUGGCGUCAAUGAAACUGGAUUCUAUUCGAUGGAAAAUGCUGGACCUUCACAAAUUGGAGGACAGAUUAAAGGUUUGACACCUGUUUCUUAUGUGGCAACUCAUGCACUACGAACACUUAAUGCUCGCUCAAUCACGAAAGACGAUAUGAAAGCUGCAUUUGAAAAAUUCACACCUGAUUCAACGCUUAACAAUGAUUCAAAAUGUUGGCCGACAGACAAAGCUAUCAGUGAACUGAAAGGGCCUAUCUGUGGUCCUGGUAGCAUAUUUGUUUUCGCCACAAUAUCAGACCAGGAGAAUAGUGCAUUUGUAUUAGAAGGCGAUCGGUACGGAGGAUGUCUAAGAACUUCUCUGCAAGCGCCGCCAUAUAUCCCUGAUUGUAUAUUAGCAACGAAUCACUUCCUCCGCUAUGGAUUUACUUCUUCAUCCGGCGAAGACUAUCGCAAUUUUGAAUCAAAUGUCAGUUUUAAUUCAUUGCAUCGUUACGAAAGUAUUCGACAACAAAUGGAAGCGCUGUUUCGUUUGAAAAAGAGUACGACGUAUUUGGACGUGCAAGACAUUCGAUCAUUAUUGCAAUCAGCAUGCACAGGACAUACGGAACAUACAAUUGAAGUAGAACUUGAACUCAAUGGUAAAAUCACACUACAUAUUCAUUUAGCAGCAUUGGAAUUUGGAAUGUGGUAUGCACCCUACGAACCAGCACAAACGAUUAUAUUCGAAGAAUUGUUUCAAUAG